GUUUACAGCUCUCCCUGCCGUGGAAACAGCCUCCGUGAAAGAAGCCAUCGUAGGCCAGAGAGAGACAGAGAGAGAGAAGGGUUUCAUACACUUCAAGUCAAGGUUGUAUGAAUUUCUCUGGUCAAGCGAUCAUAAGAGGAAAGUUCAGCUUUGGUUUCACAACUUGCAAUUUACAGGGGGCGUUUUUGCGUAAGCCUAUUUGCAAGAGAGACGAAUUUGACAUUAUAUAGAAAUAGUAUUUCACACUUCCAUUCAAUAAGAGAUAUGGAGCCUCUGUGGAAGCUUGCAUAUUUGUUGGAACCGGCUCCUGCAACUCUGGUUUUGACAGCUAUAGCUGUGACAUUUGGUUCUGCAUUUCGAGCUUUAAACUAUGGGAAAGAAAUGGAGCGAAACCGUGACUUUUCGGAAGCAUCCAUUACUUUAGAUAGGACCCAAGCACUAAUGAUACCCAUCAUGAGCUCUUUCAGCCUGCUUUUGAUGUUCUACUUAUUCCCUUCUGUCUCACAAAUCCUCACUGCUUUCACUGCAGUUGCCUCUGUGUCAUCCCUUUACUUCUGCCUAUCACCAUACAUUGCCCAUGUCAAGUCACAAUUUGGUUUGGUAGACCCAUUUGUGUCUCGAUGUUGUUCCAAGUCGUUUACUCGAAUACAAGGGUUUCUACUGUUGUUCUGCUCUGGUAUAGUGGUGGCAUGGCUAAUUUCUGGGCAUUGGAUACUGAACAACAUGUUGGGAAUCUCUCUAUGUAUUGCAUUUGUGAGCCAUGUGCGUCUUCCCAACAUCAAAAUAUGUGCCAUGCUCCUUGUUUGUUUGUUCGUGUAUGACAUAUUUUGGGUAUUCUAUUCCGAGAGGUUUUUCGGUGCAAAUGUUAUGGUCUCUGUAGCAACACAGCAAGCAUCUAAUCCUAUUCAUACAGUGGCUAAUAGUUUAAGUCUUCCUGGAUUGCAAAUGAUUGCCAAAAAGCUGGAGCUGCCAGUUAAGAUUGUGUUUCCCAGGAACUUGUUGGGUGGUGUGAUUCCAGGAAAUAAAGUUGCUGAGUUCAUGAUGCUUGGUCUUGGCGACAUGGCCAUUCCUUCUAUGCUUCUGGCAUUAGUUCUCUCUUUUGAUCACAGAAGGAGCAAGGAUUCUGUGAAUCCAUUGGAUAUUCCUUCUUCUAAGGGGCACAAAUACAUUUGGUAUGCCCUUUCUGGAUAUGCAAUUGGACUGGUAACUGCUUUAGGAGCUGGCAUUUUGACACACUCGCCUCAACCAGCACUUUUAUAUCUGGUACCCUCUACUUUGGGACCUGUAAUAGUCAUAUCUUGGAUGAGAAAGGAGCUAACAGAUCUGUGGGAAGGAACAACACCAAACAUAAAUGAGAAGGCUCAUUCGACAGAGGUUUGAGCUCCUGGUGUUCAUGCCCCUGCACCACAUCAGCCCUUGCAGUGCCAUAUAGAAAUAGAUCACAUAAUUCAGCUGGGUGAUUCUAACCAUUGUCGACUGUCGUUAAUCGUAAUUACUAUUUGUUUAAAGGUUGGCAUGGCUGCAAAAUGUUUUGAUUUGAAAAAGUUCCAAUCACAAUUAUCAUAUAUAAAAUGCAAGCCUAUUGUUUUAUUUUGGACCAUUGCAUU